AAAUAUGUUGUUGCUUUAUUUUAUUUUGUUAGGGAAAAGCAUGUGUUUGAAUUUUAGUUUCUUAAAUGAUACUGAGGAACAUACAACAAAAAUAAUGAUGAAUGUAGAAUAAUAAUCAUUCAUUAAAAGAUUAGAUGAUUUAGGCAACAUUUUGUAAAUUAUACUUUAAAUGAUAUUAGGUCUGUGAAAUUUACAAGUAUGGAUGGAUCAGAUUAAUUUUGUUCACCUUAUUAUUAAGGAGUAACAAUACAUCAAUCUCCAUCUGGAUUUAUAUCAUUAGUACAUGAAUUAGCAAAAAAAGAUAUCGAUGAAUUAAGUGAAGAUGAUUUAUAUCGUGGAUAUAAUGAGAAAUUAUCAUCAUAUGCAAUAAGUCCAGAAGGAAUUAGUAUAUUAUCUUCAAAAGCUAAAGUAUAUUAUAUUGAUACCAGCUCAUAAAAUUUAUCUAUUGUUAAUUAUACACUACCUUUACUAAAUAAUAAUUAAUAGACAACAUAAUUGGUAUAUGAUGAAAAAUCAAAAUAUUUCUAUGCCUUUUUAAAUGAAAAUAAUUAAGUUAUCAAAUAUUAGUUUCUUAAUAAUGAAAUAUAACAUAAACCAAUGGCAGGAUGGUAAAAACCAAAUGAUAAAUUCAGAGUUAUUGCUAAUAAUGGAUGGCUAUAUUCAGCUUAAGAUUCAUAAGGUCUUUUUAUUUAUGAAAUCUAAUUACAUGGUUUAAGAUUUAUUAAAAAUAUUAAUAAUUAAGAUUUAUAUGAUUUUUAAUCAGAUUCAUCAAGAAUAGUAGAUGUUGCAAUUUUUUAAGAUAAAUUAUAUAUUUUAGAUUAUUACCAUGGAAUAACAUAAUUUAAUAUCCAUUCUAAUGGAAGUUUUACAAAAAAUGGAAAAUUGGGAUUGAUUAAAUAUUAAGAUUGUAAAUCAUUUUCGGUUAGAGGUUCAACAAUAAUUUUAAUAUAAAAUUAUUAAUCUAAUUCUUAGAUAGUAGAGUUAUUUGUAUAAGAUGAUGAUUAUGUAGAAAUGAGAAAAAUAUACACAAAAAGUUAAUUAAGAAGAGCUGACAUAAUAGAUGAUAAUUUUGCGAUAGUUCGUGGUUUACAUGAUCAUAAAAUUAUGCUUAUUUAAAUGCCUGAAUAAUAUUUAGAUUAGGAUGCAAAAAGAUUGUAAUAAUUUAAAUAUAUAUUUAAUAUAGAGAUAAUUAUUUUUUUAGUGGAAAUCUCUUAGGUGUAAAUAAAUAUGGUAAUAAUAAUGAAACUCUAUUUGCAAUUUCACCUCAUGGAUUAUAUAUGUUCAUUUAUAGAUCAUAUCCCUCUAUUAUAAUAUGUAAUAGCAAUGAUAUUGAUUCUGGACUGUAUUAAGCAAAUGUAAUUUUAUUAAUAUAUUUUAAGAUGGAAAUCAAAAGUACUGAUUGUGAAAAGAAAACUGAUAAAUCUAAUCAUCUUCAAUAUUGCAUAACUAAUCAUCUCUAUGAUUUCGAAAUCAAAAAACCUUUGCUUUCACCUUAAUAGUAGUAAAUUACUAUUUAUCUUACAAUUAUUUUGAUGUCUAUAAUUCUAUUGUUAAUCGGAUGUAUUUUAUAUCAUUGCAGAAGUUAUCAAAUCAAAUUAGAAAUGCUAGAGAGAGCUAAAUAAAAGAAAAACCCUUAAGUUUCUAUUAAAAGAGAAGAAUGA